CGGCGGGAGCGGCUGCGGCGGGGCGCGGGGCUAAUAAAAACAAAAAAUAAAGACGGUAAAAAAUGGAAAAAAGCUCGUUGCUGGCGGUAACGGUGGGGGUAGAUCUGCCGUCCUCGGAGCGCAUGCAUUUCUCGGUAUGCCACCCCGCGAUGAGCGCUGCCGGGAUUAGGUGGAUGGUCUGGGAGCCGUAAUCCCAGCCUAGCUUUCAGAACGAGCCCUUCCGAGUAAAGGGGUAAAUAGCGCCUGGGGCUGCUGAGUUGGUCAGUGUCAGAGGCGGUGGAGCAGCGGUGCUGUGUCCCUGUUCGGAGCAGGGGCCGCUCCCGCUGCAGCAGCGCACGCCUUUCCCCCGGGAUGCGGUGGGAUCGGCCGGCCUUCAGCAAACACCCCUGGCCUGGAGUCUGCCUUCGGGCUUGGUGUCAAAUAAACGUGCAUCGCUUCAUCGCCAUGAUUUGAGGGGAAAGAAAUUAAAAAAGGAAUUUGUGUGUUCUGGGAUGCUUCCUAACCCUUCCAGCAUUGAUCCUAAAUGAUGCCUACAAGCCACGCCGCAGGACUGCGGCCUGCCCGCGGUGGUGAAGGCUCUGGGCUCUCCGGGACUCCUCUUGCGGCAUCCCCUGCGAGCCCCAGGCCGCCCCUUGUGCUGAUCCCUGCCCGGGACACGGGGUCUGUGCCGAGCCUGCUCCUUGGAGCAGAGCCGGGAAAUAUUCCCGGCCUCCUCCCCCCGUGUGCCGGGGAUGCCGCCUCCGCAGGAGCCAGACACUUCAGGAGAGCCAAAACAACUCCUCGGCAUUUAUUAGCACGUGUUUGUUUAUUGAUCGGUACUGACGUGACAGAUCAUGAUGAAAUUAAUGAGUGAAAAUAAUACAUUAAAAACCAGUGGUUGUAAAACACCAUCGUGGUCUAAAAUCCUCUUAAGUAAGAAAUUAGUUCCUUGUGGCUCACAUAUGUUUUGUGACUGAAUUGCCAGGUCAAAUUUUUUAAUGUGCUUGUUGAAAGCCGCUACAGUGCUUUAGAAAGGGAGGAGGUGAAAUUACUGCCUGUGCUACUUCCAGUCCCAAAUUCAUUAGAGUUGGGGCUGAGAUGGGUGGCUCUGGAUUGGGUUCCUGUUUUGGUCAAGACGUUAAUUUCUAGGCUUUGUCUUGCAAAUCAGGCAGCCCAUUUUUCCAUCCAGUAACUGACAAAGUUAUGAGGAGCUAGUAAAGGUAGGACAAACUUUACUAGCUGUUACUUGGUUUUGUAAGAUGCAAUGUUUUUUUAAAAUACGCUUGUCUUUCUGUCUUAGAGAAAGAUGGUUAUAUUUGAAGUGUUUUUAUUUUAUCAUAUAUACCACAGCACUGCAUGUUAGUUAAUGAUGCUUUUAAAAAUGUCCUUUAUCUUAGCUGGAGAAAAUGAUGAAACUUUAGACUUCAGCGCUUCUCUCCUACUAUUCUGCUUUUCUAUUUUUUCUUGCUGCUAAUUGGAUUAAAAGCUCUUUUGGCUUCUAUGGCAUCCGGUGAGGAGAUUACUGUCUGUGACGAUGAAGUAAGGUCUCGGUACAGCCACUUAGAGAAGAUGACAGAUUUGGUGGCUGUUUGGGAAGUAGCUUUAAGUGAUGGUGUUCAUAAGAUUGAAUUUGAACACGGGACCACUUCAGGAAAGCGUGUUGUCUAUGUUGAUGGAAAGGAAGAAAUAAGAAGAGAAUGGAUGUUUAAAUUAGUGGGUAAAGAAACAUUCACUGUUGGAGCUACUAAAACUAAAGCUGCUAUUAACAUUGAUGCAGUCAGUGGCUUUGCAUAUGAAUAUACUUUGGAGAUCAAUGGAAAGAGUCUCAAGCAGUAUAUAGAGAACAGGUUAAAAACAACCAAUACUUGGAUAUUGAACUUGGGAGGUACAGACUAUAGAAUUGUUCUAGAAAAGGACACUAUGGAUGUGUGGUGCAACGGUCAAAAAAUGGAAACAGCGGGUGAAUUUGUGGAAGAUGGGACUGAAACUCACUUCACUGUUGCUGACCACAGCUGUUGCAUUAAGGCUGUCAGUAGUGGGAAACGAAAGGAAGGAAUUAUUCAUACCCUUAUUGUGGACAACAGAGAAAUCCCAGAGGCUGUGGAGUAGCCUCUGGUUAACUAUUAUGGUAGCACUAAGAUCAGGAAUUUUCAAUUACUGUGGUAAUUAUUUUAAUAUGUACUACUUGGUACAUCUAGUUUGUGCUGGGUUUAUUUUCUAGUUUCUGUACACGAAAUUAUUCUUUUUGAGGACCAGAUGAAAAUAAUUAUGUACAACCUCUUACACUACCAGCUUUUAAAAUAAGCUAUAUAUAUCUAGAAUAUAUAGCAUAUUCACUAUGUGUGGAGAGCACUGGUGAAACAGAAAUUAUAUGUCAGGAAAAAUCAUGCUAUAAUAAAAUGAAAGAAAAAUAUUCAGUAACACUGAAUCCUUAACUGCAGGUGUAUGUGGAAGGAAGAGAAAGCCUGUACUGGGCACAGGAGUAAGAUCUUAAAAGCUUUCUCUACAAUUAUUUUUUUUUUAUUAAACUGACUACAGACCUAUUCACAUACAGUUAAGGGAAAUUACAAUUAAUAAAAAGGUUAAUAAUGAAAUACAUAGUUACCAAUACUUGUGUUACAGUAUUAAAUUAAUACUGAGUUAUGAAAACUGUUCUCUAUUCCCACUAGGAGCAAGAUGUUACAUUGUGCCAAAAAUAACAUUCCUUUCUGUGUUCCGAAAACUGAUGCUGUAGCUCAGAAACUCAUUACUGAGUUUUUUCAAAAAAGAAAAUAGAAGAAAAAAUAAUUCCUGCCAUGAAACCCCUUUAAAAAUAUCUCUUGGAGCAUGCUGACAUAAGAACUUACCUUUGUUCAGUGGUAACAAAUCUUAAACCUACAACUAUGUGUUUUUGUGGCAGUAAUGUGUGAAUCAAGAAAUAAGAGGAACAAGGGGACAGAAAUGGAAAAACAGUUGAUUACUUUAAUGGAAUAGUUAAAAUAGGAAUAGACUAAUUUUGUUUUCAGAAUUGCAGCAUAAUUUCUAAGAGCAACCUUGGGACUGCUUGAGAGCAAAACUCUUGUGUUAGAGACUCACACUACAAAACUAUCUUUGAAACAGCAAGCAUAGCUAAUCUUAAAAAUAAUUUUUAAAAAAACCCAAAAUAUGAAUAUAUUAAUCUAAAGUUUAUUUUGUAAUGGUUAAAAAAUAUUUCCACUUGUAACCUCAGAAUUCAGAAUUAAACUUUUAUAACUUAAUUUCUUUUGGACUUGUGAAUGGCUCCUAGCACUACAACUGCUAGCUCAGGAGUUACAGGUGCAGUACAAGCAUCCUGGGAAUCCAUUAACAAAUUAUUUUGAAAAGUUUUAUUAAAUGCUAAUUUCAUCUGUGUUUUAGAGAUCAGAGUGCUCCCCAUCAGCAGGCUUUACUAGAGGAAGUUUCCAGGUACCCAAGUGCUGGACUGAAUCCCCUUUUACACUGGAAUUACUGUAACAGCUCUUGGGCUUUUCCAUGUAUUUGCUUCAGGUCACUGCAGAAGCACUGUGGGGAUUCCUGGCUACAAGGCUGACAAUGUAAUCUUUACAAGAUGUUGGUAAAGGUAGAUUAAUUGAAAAAUAACUUCAAGCUGUAGCUUGAACCAGUUCUCUACUAUUUUGUAACCUUUCAAAGAGAUUGAAUGCUGCUGAGAAAUCUGAAGCUCAUGUACAGUACAAAUCAUGUUCUCAAGACUACAGAAAAAUACAAGUCAACAGAUAGUGACAUUCAUACUUUUUAUUUUGAAUAUGUGCAUCUACAGUGCUUGAAGUAACUAAUAAAAAUGUACAGCAACCAUUGUAAGAAA